AUAAAACCUUAAAUGCCACCACGUUCCCAGAAUACACAAGCACGUCAGCCCGUUGUUGCCUUUGCGAUUAUCAAAAACAAAUCAAGACACUAAGAUUUAUUGCUGUUGGUGAGAAGAGGGGGACGGGAAAGUUCCUCCGACCGGACGUUAUGAGUAUGUCUGUGCCAGCCCGUGAAGUAUGGAAAGAGUUGAGAACAAAUCCGCUUGCAAAGUAUGGUGUAGCUACUGCUGUGACAGCCAUCAGUCUGGUACUCCUGAGGAAGUGGAUUGCAGGUGGAGUUUGCCGGAGUCGAAUACGUCUCGAUGGAAAAACAGUGGUGAUCACUGGAGCCAACACUGGGAUUGGAAAGGAGACCGCCCGAGAUUUGGCACUAAGAGGUUUGCAACUGUCUGUAUGUGCUUGACUAUAGGAGCACGUGUGGUGAUGGCUUGCCGAGACAUGAGACGAGGUGAGAAAGCUGCAUCAGAGGUCCGACGGUCAACGGGGAAUGGGAACGUGGUGGUGCGACAGCUGGAUCUGUCAUCGCUCGCCUCUGUGCGGGAGUUCGCAAGCAAACUCAGUGCCACGGAGGACCGGCUCGACAUCCUCAUCAACAACGCUGGUGUAAUGAUGUGCCCCAGGAGCCUGACGGAGGAUGGAUUUGAGACUCAGCUAGGCGUCAAUCACUUAGCACACUUCCUCCUCACCAUGCUGCUGCUGGACAUGCUAAAAAGCUCUGCACCUAGUCGAGUUGUCAAUGUAUCUAGCAUUGCUCAUGUGGGGGGAAAGAUCAACUUUGAGGACCUCUUCUACAACAAGACCCCAUAUGACUCCCUAGUGAGUUACAGACAGAGCAAGCUAGCCAACCUAUUAUUCUCUAGAGAACUUGCACGCAGAACACGAGCCUAUGGGGUGUCUGCGUUUGCUCUGCACCCCGGGGUUAUCCGGACAGAGCUGGGGCGCUACGUGGAGACACGAUACCCUCUUCUGAGUGCCCUGCUACGGGCACCUGCCUUGCUUCUGAUGAAGACCCCCAAACAAGGCGCACAGACCACCAUAUACUGUGCUGUCACUGAGGGCCUGGAGAUGCACACCGGCUGCUACUUCAGUGACUGCAAGCUGAAGGAGCCGGCUCCUGAGGGGAAGGAUGAUCUAGCCGCCAUGAGGCUUUGGGACUUUAGUGCCAAGUUGGUGGGCUACAAUGAAGAGGACUGAGACCACUAAGCCAUGCUCUUAAUAACGACAGAGAGCAAUGCAAAACUGUUCCCCCAAUCAAUUUAAUGCUGUUCCGGUCGUUCUACUCAAUGCUCACCCAUUGUGCAGGUCUUAAUGGUUCCUGUCACCUAGGUUAGCAUGUCUGCUUGGGAAUGGUGCUAUGUAGCUCAAGAGUUGGACUGCAUAUGUUUGUACUCUUAGCUAAAACUCGUAGCUAAAAUCAACACGUACAGUACCAGUCAAAAGUUUGGACACACCUUGAAUUUUUUUGAGAAGUGUUUUCUUUACUUUUAUUA